AUGGCUGCUUCAUCUUCCUCCUCUUUCCUUCCUCUCCUCCUCCUCUUCCUCACCGUUGGCGUGGAGUCGAGACCUUCACACCAACGACAUGACCAACAGGUCUUACACUCUCUGUUCGGCUCUCGGCUCUCCUCUCUCAUCUUGGCCCCUCCCACCUCUGAUGACAUCACAGAGGGCUCAGCAGGACGCCCCGCCUCCUUGUCUACCUCUGGGGGAUUAGCCAGUGGGCGAGAGGUGGCACCGCGGUUCCUCCUGGACCUCCUGCGGCAGCAAUCCAAGACAAGGAGGCGGAGCAGGAAGUCCAUGGUCGGGGGCGGGAGAGGCUGCUUCGGGAUGAAGAUGGACCGCAUCGGCUCCAUCAGCGGGCUGGGCUGCUAGAGUGACCUCUGACCUCCAGAGACUACAGCUGACCUGUAUGACCUCUGACCUCCAGAGAAUUCAUGCUGGAACUAUACUGAACAAGUACAUAGGUAGACAUCCUACCGAUGACCCCCUGGCUACAGCACAGCCAGCAUGUAUGUA